AUGGGUAACCCGCCCAAAGGAAAGGCGUCGGUCAAAUCGGCGGGGUCGACGCCGUCGCCCGAGCAGAAGAAGCCGACUGCGCUCGGCCGCAAGAAGAUCCGCAUCGAGCGCAUCGCGGACGAGCGCAACCGACAGGUGACGUUCACGAAGCGCAAGAACGGCCUCAUGAAGAAGGCGAUGGAGCUCUCCGUCCUCUGCGACUGCCAGAUUGCGCUCAUCAUCUUCAACAGCAACAACAAGCUCUUCCAGUACUCCUCCGGCGACAUCAACCAAGUGCUGACCCGGUUCAAGGGCGACACCGUGGGCCCGCACGAGAAGCGGAACAAUAAAGACCUGUUCAACCAGCACUUCAAGAACCAGCCGAGGAACCCUAAUGGACCCCCGAACCCGAUGGACGAUCCCGACGACGAAGACUCCGAUUCCGACGAGCCGCCCACAAAGAAGGGCAAGUCCAAGACGGCCGCCGCCAAGGCUAACGCCAAAAGUAACGCCAAAUCCGGCGGUAAAUCCGGGCAUGUAACGGUGAACAAGCAUCAGAGCGCCAAGGAUAACGCCAAAAAGAGGAAGCACGCCGCCUUGGCCGCCGCCGUCGCCGCGAGGAAAGCCGCGGAACGAGCCGCUUCCUUCGCCGCGCAAUUCUCCGACGAUUCCAUGGACGAGGACGAGCUCGACGCCGCGAACGGCGUGGCGAGCCUGACGCCGACGUCCGAACGGACCCCGACGUCGCUUGACGGGUCCGGGAGGUUCGGCGCAGGGGCGCUGGCGGCGGUGGAGGCUGCGCGGCGCAUCGCGAGUCAGUCGAUGGGAGGCGGUUCGUCGGGUGAUCGCGCGGGUCAAUUUUUGCAAUCGCUCAACGCCGCCACCGACGCGCUGAACGCGUCCGGCCAAUUCGGCGCGUCCGGCGGCUUGCUGAACCUCAGCGGCGACGGGAAGGCGUCGCCCGGUGGGUUCUUCGGCGGCCUCGCGGGCGCCGGGAUGACGCCGACGGGUUUAUCUUUCGGCGGCCUUCCGUCGCCCGGCAGCGGGGGCUUGCCCGCGGACUUGGGCAGCAUGGAGCUCCCGUCCCCCGUCGCCAGGGCGCUGCAGGCGGGCGCCGGUAACGUGUCCCUCAACCUGUCCGUGGGCGACCUCAACACCACGAGGUUCGGCAAGGAAUCCAACGAGAAGGCGUCCAACGAGAAGGCGGACCGAGCCCGCCGGUCGCGCGUGGAACCCAAAGAUCUCUCCAUCCAGAUCCCCGAGAACAAGCUCAAGCCCAUCACGGUGGGCAACGGCAAGGCGCUCAACGAGUCCGCGUCGGGGCACUCCCCGGGCCCGCUGACCUCCUUGCUGCAGCAGGGCGCCGCCGGUCAGCUCAGCGCGUCGCAGAAGAGCGGGUCCGCCGGCGGGGUAAAGCUGGAGCGCGACAUACUCGCGCGAUCAGCCGACAAGGCGCGAGACGACGACAAACAACAGUUGGGCGACGGCGGCGGAUCGUUCUCGCUGCCAAAGGCGGAGGGCUCCGACCGCCCGACCCCGGACCGCAUGGGCGCGGCGGACGCGACGAACGAGACGGACGACGAUUUCCUCAACUCCGGGGGCGAGGCCGGGCGCGGCGAAAGACGCGGGGGCGGGGGCGGGGGCGGGGGCGGCGGCCGGCGAAAGGGUGGUUCCGAUUCCGUCGGCAAGCUCGAGCCCCCCGCGCCGGAUCCGAAGGCGGGGUCGAAGCGGACGAGGAGCGCGAGCGUGAGCGACCCGGCGCCGUCGUCGGCCCGGUCCACGCGAUCCAGGCGCGGGGGAUGA